AUGAGACUGACCUGGCAAUUAUGGCUCUUCAUCUCGUCUCUUGUUCAACUUACCGUAACUCAGGAGGUCGGUAACACGACAGAUCUCGUCUGCCGACCGUUUGGAACGUGUGAGCCUUGUCCAAAUGAUGCGCUGAACGAGCCCUUCUGCCAACCCUUCGGCAACCGUCGACUGAUGCAUUGCUCUCCUCGCACACCCUCUUCUGCAUAUCACCCUGCCUCCGGUCCAGUACCCUUCCGUGGCGAUGAACACGACUUCGACCGCGGACCGCCGCCCUUCGCGGGCGCCGACUCUGACACUGGCCAGUCUGAUCCCGACGGGGGCGAGAUCCCUGCUUGGGAGGCCUGCGGGCGCAUCGUUGCGAAGGAGCGCGGCGACUUCUACGAAUUCCUCGCAUGCAACGCCGUCAUUGCGGCUGUCGCACUCGUCGUCUUGUUUAUGCGCUCGAAACGCCUGCAGGCGAUGCAUGCUAGACAACUAGCGGCAAGGAUUGGACUUGUCAGAGGGCCUCCGGGAGGCUGGGCUACUGCGUAA